AUGGGAGGAGAAAAUGGGAUUACCGGAAGACGAAACGGGAAUGGAACAGUUGAUGAACAAACUUCGUUGCUCGGGGAUAGAGAAAUAAGGGGUGGUAUUGAUGGAGAUGAGGAGGAUAUCGAUACAUUGAUGGGUGGGCAAAGUGGGGGAGAGGAUGAUAGCAGCAAAGAUGGCGAUAAUGAGGAUAAGGCGAACCAACAGGUCGGGAAAUUAAGAGCUAUACUGAUUAGUAUCAGUGUGUUCGCAUCAAAUAUGUCCGGUAUAUCGACCACACAGUCCAAAAUAGCAGAGGAUCUCGAUUCUUUUGCUGAAGCAAGUUGGUUUACAUCUACCUACCUCAUAGGCUUGUCUUCUAUGUCACCAGUGGCAGCCCGUUUAGCCCAGAUUUUCUCCCCCAGAAAUUGUAUCUUAAUGGCAGCAUUACUCUUUGCUGCUGGGGGAGUCGUCACAUCACAAGCCUCAGAUCUCAAGACCUUCCUAAUAGGAAGAGCGAUAAGUGGGGUUGGUGGUGCUGGUAUCAUGACGAUUAGUUUCAUCUUGGUAUUAGAGCUCACCACAAAGAAGAGAAGAGGCAUAUUCAUCGGACUAGCAAAUUCUGGAUUCACUCUGGGCGUAUCUCUUGGUGCAGUAGUUUGGGGUGCUCUAUUGCCCGUGGUGGGUUGGAGGUCUCUGUUUCUGUUUCAGUCACCGCUUGCCAUCAUUUCCGGGAUUGGAAUUUAUUUUAGUAUCCCCAAGAGUUUUACUUCUGGGCAGAAGAGUGCUAAUGAGGGGUCUAUUGCUUCUAAUCUUGUUAAAAUUGAUUAUCUGGGAUCCCUUUUUCUCGUCACCACGAUUAUCCUCUUUCUCUACGGACUCUCAUCACCAAAAGUCGAAUGGCUAACAAUUACAUGCUCGAUUCUCACCUUAAUACUCUUCCUUUACAUUGAGCUUAAAAUUGCCGCCGAUCCAAUUAUACCCAUUACUGUUCUGAAAUCCCGGGGAGCUCUUCUCUCGUGUAUUUCUCAGCUGGGGAUCAUGGCUGCUAGAUGGAGUAUCCUCUUCUAUACUCCCGUCUACGCAAUUUCGGUGCGCGGCUGGUCACCUGCAUCUGCAGGUUCUAUCCUCGUGCCCACAAACUUUGGAUUUGCUCUUGGCGGCAUCGCCGCGGGAGCGUUCCAUAUCAAAAGAGCGGGGAGUUUCUGGCUACCAUCUAUUCUUUCCAUCAUCCUUUUCUCAACCACCAUAAUCUUCUUCUCCCAAUUUUCUCUCCCCAACACUCCUGUUCUCCUUUACAUCCUCAUCGCACUCCUCAACGGUCUCUGCAUCGGCGCCGCGCUAAAUUACACCCUCGCCCACCUCCUCCAUCUCACACCCCCCUCCACUCAUUUUAUUUCAACCUCUUUGCUCACAACCUUCCGCGGGUUCGCCGGGUCUUUCGGAUCCGCAAUCGGCGGCGGUGCGUUUGUCCGUGUAUUAAAAUCUGGACUCGAGAAAGGGUUUGCUGAAAAUGGAGGAAUGCAAGGAAGAGAAGAAUUGGUCAGGAGACUUCUAGGUAGUCCGGCUCUGGUGGGGGAAUUAAGUGGCUUGGAGAAACAGAUUGCGGUGAAUGCUUAUAUUGAAAGCUUUAAAGCAUUGUGGGUUGGGGCUGCGGUUGUGGCGUUUCUCAUGGUGGGUGUACAGGCUGCGACUGGGUGGGAGAAGUCGGAGGUUAUUGAGGACGAUAGGCUGGAAGUGGGCAAUGGGCUGGGAGUGGAGAAUGAAGAGUGGGAGGAGGGAAUGGAGGAGGGAGUUUAG